AUGCUACCUUCAAUGAAACGUCUCAGCGUGGCUGCUGUUGCUGCCAUCCUCAGUGCUACAAGCACUGGCUUGGCAACCUCUUUACCCAGAUCCAGCCUGCAAGAGCGUCUAUCCACCAACGCUCUGCCCACUCCUGGCAUGGGAUUCAACACCUACAAUCAGGUUUCGUGCUCUCCUACGGAGUCCAAGUCGCACACUAUUAUGGAUAUCAUGGCUUCGCAAGGCUACAUCGAUGCAGGCUACAAUUUCUUCCAAGUCGACUGUGGCUGGGUCUCGAGGACGACUAGCCGUGAUGCUUCUGGCAACCUCAUUACCAACACUGAUGCCUUUCCUUCGGGAAUGAAGAGCCUCGGUCAGUACGCUACUUCAAAGGGUCUCGAAUUUGGCCUUUACUCUGAUGCAGGCUACCGCGCGUGUGAUCCCCAAGCUCCCAGCCCCGUUCUCGGAAGCCUUGGUCAUGAGGCUCAGGAUGCACAGCUACUCAAAAGCUACAACGUCAGCUAUCUCAAAUAUGACAACUGUUACGCUGACGGCACCACCUCCGGCGACAAUGCACCCAAGCAUGCCCGCACCGAUUUUCCUACUCGUUUCGGCGCAAUGAGCAAAGCUCUCUCCGACGUUGGCAUCAACAAACUGCUCGUGUGUCAGUGGGGUGUCCCUCAGAAGCAGUCAAAUGGCACCCUCGUUGGUCCCGCCCAAUGGACGCAAGGUUUGAGCACUUCCUACCGUCUGUCUGACGACAUCGCCACAGGGUGGAUCAAUGUGGAGCGAAUCCUGAAUCAGGGCAUUCAGAUCUCGCUCCAUGGUCGCAGUGGUCCCAAUCAUUUUGCCGAUGGAGACCUGCUCGAAGUCGGUAAUUCGGGCAUGUCGAUCGACGAGCAGGGUACGCACUUUGCGUUUUGGGCUAUGAUCAAGAGUCCGCUCGUCAUCUCGACGGAUCUCUCGAGCAUUUCUUCCAAUGCCAAAGCGAUUCUGCUCAACAAAGGGCUCAUUGCUAUCAAUCAAGAUCGCCUCGGUGAGCCUGUCAAGCUCGUCGAGCGAAGGACAGGCAACUUUGACCUUCACGCUGGUAAACUCAGCAACGGUGAUAUGGCUGUACUUGCUUUCGAUUGGAGUAAUGCACGAAACACCAUCACUGUCAACUUUUCCGAAUUGGGCAUAGCCUCGGCCGAUGUCGCCGAUCUUUGGGCUGGUACCACCAAGACUGGCGCGAUUUCGUACACCAAGACGGUCAACGCUCACGGCUCGGUCCCGCUGCGCCUUUACAACAUCAAGUAUACGAAUGCUGCUGCUCCUUCGCUGACCUACAUUCAAGCCGAGUCUGGCACUCUGGCUGGAAGAGCGGCCAAAUCUUUCUGCUCUGGCUGUUCUGGUGGCGCCAAAGUGGGCAACGUUGGUGGUGGCUCAGGAAACACGCUCACGCUCAACGGUCUCCAAGCUAGUGGUAAUGAAGCCGUUCUGUACUUCGACUACAUCAACGCGGACGUGGGAUUCUCGUUCGUGGGCGCAACUAAUGACCGAACCGCGCAUAUCAGUGUCAAUGGUGGCAGCCCGCAGACCGUCAGCUUCCCGCUUUCCGGUUACGAUUGGAGCCAGGAUGUAAUUCGGGGCUACAAAGUCAGGCUCACUGGCUUCACCGCUGGUCAGAGCAACUCGAUCACCAUCUCCAACGCCAAUUCCUACGCUCCUGACUUUGACCGCGUGGGUUACAUUGCUUAG